AUGGAGUCAAAGUAUUCGCCUAAACCCAAGCGGACACUGACCGAGGAGCAGCUCGGCAACAAGCGCCGCAUCGACAAGCUCAAGCACCGCGAAAACCGUGCUGAGAACAAGACACGUCUGGAGAACAUUGAGCGUGACGUUUCCUUUCUCCGUCACACCAUUGACGACUUGGUGGUGCACCUGCGCCAACUCACCACCUCUGACGCGGCACACCACCAACACCAUCACCACCACCACCAACCGCCCAGCGCGUCCCACGAUGGCACGCAGCACCCCCUCCACGGGCUCGCCGGCCAGCUCCUGUGUCCGCCGCCGGCGCCCAAGUCCGAGCCGUGGAGCUCCUCCUCGGACCCGACGACGCCGCUCAACUCCGCCGUCGGCGGCCAGGCGCCCUUCUACGACCACCUCACGGAGCGGCUGUACGCUCACCAGGUCUUCCCGCAGCAGCCGCUCGAGGCGCAGAUGGACAUGGAGGCGCUGCUGGCGGAGAUCCGCGGCGAGGGCCCCGUGGUGGAGUGCCGGUGCGGCAAGCAGCACAACGUCGACGUGCAGUGCACGGAGCGCAUCGCCGUCAUCAUGGCCGUCGAGUUCAGCGACAUGGCCAACGGGCGCGGCAUGACGGCGCCGCGGAACCCAUCCCUCCCGGACAUGCUGCUGCACCAUACGGACUCGUCCCCCCCGCUCGCCGUCAUCCUGUCGUCCAUACUACAGCAGUACGACUUUACCCACGUGGACACGCUGUGCGGCGUCUUUCUCCUCUCGUAUAGACUGCUAAGGUGGCGCUUCUAUCCGUCAUCCGAGUCCAUGGCGGAUGUCCCCGCCAUCAUGCGUCCGACGCAGGCGCAGAUCACGAUACCGCACCCCAAGUGCCUCGACUUCAUCCCCUUCCCCGCGCUCCGCAACUACCUGUGCCUCAACCAGCACAAGGACGCCCGGCACUCGGUGGACCUGUACCUGCGGUCGAUGCGGCUGGUGCUGCCGCCGGGUAAGACCCUGAUGACCAAGACGGAGCGCGGCGGCGUUGAGCUGAAUCCCGAGUUUGAACUUUUCGCGUCGGACCUGCGUAACUGGAGCAUGGACUCGCCGUGGUGGGAGAACUUUCCUCAGUUGCGACAGUUUCUGUAUUAA